UGUCUCAAUUAUGUUAAGAUUCCUUAAAUAUAAUUUGAAAGAACACGGUUAAAAGUUUUCAUGAGAAACAUUGUUAAUAUUAUCUGAAUAAUUGAUUCCAUGAACUUUCUCGGUAACAAAAAUUGAGUUAUUUGAAUGUGGGACUUAUCUACAUUGCCUUCGACAUUUGGUUAAUAAAUGUAUAUUUACUGAAUAUUUCAAAUCUAAUGACUAUUUCAAAGAUUCAUUUAUUGUUCACAAACAAAAAUCAAAUAUCCUGAAACAUUCUGAUGAUACAUUGAUGGCUUCAAUCGAUAUACCAUUUCUUCAUGGAUCUAAAGAUCGUAAUGUAUAUGCUAAUCCGGAUGUUUAUACUAGUGCUGGAGUUGUUGCCACCACGUAUUCACGAUUUAAAACGAGCUUUUGGAUUGAUAGGAUUUUACUCAUUUUAACUGUAUGUAUCCCUGUCAUUCAAGCAUUAGUUCUCUUAUUAUUGCAUGCUCUUCUGGGCGUUACUCGUUGUCUUCCAGAUACAAAAGAAAAUAAACUUGAUUAUUACACAAUUACAAAUACAUUUAUUGAUCGUGCAUGUGGUCUACAACUGACUACGGAAGUACUGCAAGGAACAGUUAAACGAUUACCACAUUCUUUUAAAUCUUCAAGUCAAAUUAAUUCUGAAUCAGAAGUAACCAAUAAAGAAAUUAGUACUAUUCGUCUACAGCAUGAAUGUUAUCCAUUUGUUUUAAUUAUAUAUGCAAUAGCAAUGUGGAUACCUCAUUACUUAUAUCAUCGCUCUACAGAUCGAACUGCUAGACGUGAUUUAUGCUUGGUACGUGCCGAAUUACAUAGUUUCAGAAGAGCUGUUACACAAGAACUUGCUUAUUUACAAACACUUGCAACUGCAUCAACUGAUGUUGGUGCACCAACUGGAACUUUUCUAUCACCUACAUCAACUAUUCCAACAGGUCCUAUAAUACGUCAAAAUGGUUUAUAUUAUCCUCAUACUGGAAUAGGAUAUGGUGUACAAAAUGAUGGAACUAGUGGACGUACAACUGCUGCAACAUUUGGUGGUGGAUCAGCUCUAUCACAAACAACUGCGCCAACUGUGAUUCAUGCACAACAACAAUCUGCAACAAUUGGUACAAUUAGAUGUGGUGGUAUUGUUGAUAGUCCAACACUUUCACCAGCUAUACCAAUAAGCUUUGGUGAUGCUGAUUUAUCAGCUCCAGGUUUAUUAGAUUUACCAUGUUUUCAUGCAUGUCAUGCAGAUUGGUCAUUAAAUACUUAUUUAGCUGCAUGGCAAAAUACCGAUUUCUAUUGGUCAAGAUAUAUAACUAAACAUAUAGUUUUAUUAGUAUUUCAUGGAUGCACUAUUUUAUUCACUUUUAUUAUUAUUGGUAUUUAUAAAGGUACACCAUUUGCACCAUUAUUUAUAUGCCAAAUUAAUGAUUAUCAAUUAUCGAAUAAAUUAUUUAUUUGUAUGUUACAAACAACCUUUAUUGUAAAUAUGUCUAUAUUAAGUAUAGGCUUUUUAAAUUUAACUGGAUUAAUAUUACAAAUGAUUUAUUUCUAUGAAAAUUUUAUACAUAUAUUUUGGUUAUUUAAUAAUAAUGGAUCUUAUAUGGGUAUAACAACACAACCAAAUAUUUUUUUAACUGGUGUCAAUGAAAGUCGACGAUGUUUUUUUGCUGAUUAUAUACGUUUAUUAGCUUAUACAGCAUUUAAAGAUACACAUUGUGAAAUACGUACAUUAACUGUUAAUUAUUCACCAUAUUUAUAUUAUUCAGAUUUUCAUUUUCUUUCAUUAUUAUGUAAUGAAAAUAUUCAUUUAUUUUCAGAUUCUAUACAUAUACAUUAUUGGACUGAACGUUAUGCACGUUUAUGUUGUAAACAUUUUCAUCGACCAUAUUGGGCUAUAAGACGUGGUAGUUUAGGACAUUUAGAAAUAUAAUAAAUUAUCAUCGCACAAAUAUAUAACAUACAGGGAGUCUUAUCAAAGUUUAAAAAAAAAAACAACAACUCUAUUUUAUUUCAUUUCUUUAAGAUUUCCAAAUGUGGUUUAAUGAAAUUAUAACAAUAUUACUUAUUAUAUACAUAUUAGUAAUAUAUUGUAUUCGCUUUGUAAUAAUAAAAAGUACAGUAUUAAUUUUAUUACAUUUAAUCAUAAUACAUAUUCGCUUGAUGUAUACUGAUUGUUGUUUGUUCUUUUCGAACACUAAACACUUCGUUUAAUGUUUAAUAUAGAACUCAGGAAAUUUCAAUUUUCUAUACAAUCAUGUAUGCUUAUAAUACAUAGAUGUAUAGGUAUACAUUUAUCAGUUGUAUUUAUUUGCUUAUUUUUUCGCUUAUUCUAUACAACUUCUUCUUUUUGUUUGUUUUUUGUUGUGGUUGUUUUAUUCGAUACUGUUGAGGGGUCUUUGCUUGUUUGUUAGGAAUUUUCUCUUAAUCUUGUUGUUUGA